AUUUUUAUUUUUUUGUACGCAUUACCCAAUAGAGUGCUAUACGCAUACGCAAUACGCAUUUACGCAGUAGAGAAAUUGUGAUGUCGAGCACGUCAUUUGUGUUACACUGUCUUUUCAGUUUUCAGAGUUUCCAAAGUUCAAACUGAAGUCUGAAAGUAUCAUYAGACGUCAAUAAUUGGUCAAUGCGUACGUCUUAAUCAGUACAUCGGCAUUGAAUAUUAAAAUUUUAGAUUUAGAGUUGUUUUUCUCAUUUUCUGUUAAUAGAAAGGUAUACUGAGUAUACUCUGAGCGAAGUCACUUGAAUUUUAUCAUCUUAUUCAAAGCACCGUAAGAAGACGUAUUGAGCUGCUUUUUUGUUUACGUUACACUGACACAUAGUAUCGGUUUGUGAUUUUAACAUAAUACCACAGAUUAUAUAAUCUGUAAUAAUACCGUUCUUGUUUUAUUCAUCGAUCCGACGCUCCUUGUACACCGUUUUUUAGACUUUGAUUUCGGUACAGUGCAGUGUUCACUUGUAUUCGUUCGAGUGUUAUAAUGAAUCCUGAUCAACCAAAUACUGGAACUCCUGGUGCCCCAGGAAAAAAAAAUCAAAAAAAAGGUACGCAAAAAGAUAAUUCAAAUAUUAAUGUUGGACGAACUCAAAGACCAUCGAAUUCAGGACAWAAUGACUUUCCACAAAUGUCUCAAAAUAAACAAGAUACUAAACAGGAGUUUACAAAAAAACAAAACAAGCCAAAGCAACACCAAAUCCAGAAACAAAACCAACCAACUGAGUGUAAACCACAAGGACAAAAUGACUUUCCACAAAUGUCUCAAAAUAAGCCACAUACAAAACAGCAGACAACUCAAAAACAAAAUAAACCAAUGGAAGCAAAUCAAAAACAAAAUCAACCUGCUGGAACUAAACCAACUCAAAAACAAUCUGAAGGCAAUAAAACAUCUGCUGAGCCACAACCAUCUUCAACUAAAGACAAUCAACAAAUUGAACAACAAAUUGUAAUCCUAAAGAGUAACUUACAUAUUCCUAAAAGAAGAAAUCCUAAGACUGGAGGUACUAUGGGACGUGCAACUGAGAUUGAUGUGAAUCAUCUUCCUCUUGAUCUUGACAAUUUGUUCAAAAAAGUUGUCUAUCAUAUAGAUGUACAAUUCAAACCAGAAUUACCAAAAAGACUUCUUAGAAAUGCUUUGGAAGAAUUUAAUAAAAGACAUUAUCCGAAUGUUAAUUUUGCAUUUGAUGGACGAAGAAAUAUGUAUUCUGUAAAAGAAAUAAAAGGGAAAACUGACACAAUAACAGUUUUAAAUGAUGAAAAUAAUAGAAAAAUAGACUUUAAUAUUUCAACCUCAAUUGUGAAUAUAAUUCAGAUGAAUAAAAUACAGGAGUAUUUAAAAUCUGGUUCAUCUAACUCUCCUCCAGGUGAAGCGUUUCAAGCAUUGGAUAUUGUUUUGAAAAACCGACCAUUUUCAUUAAGAUUCACUAACGUUGGAAGAUCAUUUUUCCCACUACCACGUAUUACACCUAUUGACUUGGGUGAAGGAAUGGAAUUAUGGAAAGGAUUUUUUCAAAGUCCUGUUAUGGGUUGGAAACCUUAUCUCAAUAUAGAUGUGGCACAUAAAGGAUUUCCUAAGUAUCAACCCUUAUUGAAUUUCAUAAAAAAUGAAUUGAAUUGCGAUCUCAAUUCAGAGAUGGACCAAAGAAGUUUCAAUGCAUUAUCAAAUUACGUUAAAGGAUUAAAAAUUGACUUUAUAGUUCCAAAUCAACCUAAUACAAAACGUUCAUACAAGGUAGUUGGUCUCCUUGACUCUGCCUCUAAGUUUAGAUUUGAUAUGGUGGAUCCUGAUAGAGGUGUACAAUCGCUUAAUGUUGUGCAAUACUUCAAAAUUACACGAAACUAUGUUAUCAAGCAUCCAAAUUUACCUUGUUUACAUGUUGGAAACAUUAACAAAAAGACUGCAAUUCCAAUUGAAUUGUGCACCGUUCAAAGAGGACAAUUGCGCUUGAAAAAAUUAUCUGAAGUUCAAACUGCAGCCAUGGUAAGGAAUGCAGCUCGACCUCCUGGAGAACGACGCCAAACUAUUGAAAAUUGCAUCAAAGACGUUGAUUACUCUAAAGAUCCUGUAUUGCAAGACUUUGGUAUUAAAGUUAAAGAACAGUUUGCUUCAAUACCAGCAAGAGUUUUGGAUCAGCCCUCUUUGGCUUAUGCUCAAAAUAAGGUAAUCUUCAAAUUAGCUGCUGUUAAGCAAAAAUCAGAAUUGGAAGUUGGUGUUCUUACACAAUGCAUUAAAUCCAGGACUAUGUUCAAAAUGAAUACAUCAACAUCUUCCAAUAUUCUACUGAAAAUAAAUUCAAAAUUAAAUGGAAUCAAUCACACUCUUGCCAUCAGAAGCAGCCCACCUAGUAUGGAUGGAGCAAUUAUUUUUGGAGCUGAUGUGACACAUCCAUCUCCUGAACAGACUACUAUUCCAUCAGUUGCUGCUGUAGCAGCCAGUCAUGACAUUUAUGGAAGCCAAUACAAUAUGGAAUGGCGCUUGCAAUCUCCUAAAGUGGAAAUUAUUCAAGAUCUGGAAGACAUUGUUCAUUUACAGCUGAUUAAAUACAAAGAUAGAGCAAAAGCUGUGCCAAAAAAGAUAUUUUAUUUUAGAGACGGUGUAAGCGAAGGCCAGUUUUUACAGUUGCUGGAAUAUGAACUGAUUGCUAUUCGAAGAGCUUGCCUCCGACUCAAUAUUAACUACAAACCUUCGGUGACAUUUUUGGUCGUACAGAAACGUCAUCACACCAGAAUGUUUCCCAAGUUCCAUUGUGACAUGGACGGCAAGUUUUCUAAUGUUCCUUCUGGCACAAUUAUAGAUACUCAAAUAACUCAUCCAACAGAACUUGAUUUUUAUUUGUGUAGCCAUGCUAGUAUUCAAGGCACAUCCAGACCAACCAAGUAUCAUCUAAUAUGGGAUGACAAUAAUUUCACCGAAGACCAGUUGGAACAGCUUACAUUUUACCUCUGCUUUAUGUUUGUGCGUUGUACUCGUUCUGUUUCAUAUCCAGCACCUACCUACUAUGCCCAUUUGGCUGCAUUUAGAGCUCGUGCUUAUAUUGAAAAGUAAGUUAUUUGAUAACUAUAUUAUAAUAUUAAA